GCCGCGGCUCCCUGCAGCCCGAGCCGCAUGACGCGCGGAGGAGGCAGCCCGAGCAGCCGGAGCCGCGGGAGCCGGGAUCCGGGCGCCGCGCGCGGGGGGUGGGCGCCGCUCGCUCCGCCCCGAGAAGCCCCUGCACGCCCAGGGACGCGGCCCCCCCGCGGCAGCCGCGCCAGGCUCCGCCGUGUGGCCGCCGCCGCCGCGGCCGCUGCCAUGUCCCCGGGGAAGCCCGGGGCGGGCGGAGCGGGGACGAGGCGGACCGGCUGGCGGAGAAGGAGGCGGAGGCGGCGGCUGGAGGCGGCGACGAGGGCGCCCGAGCUCGGACACACGGCGGGGCCCGCUUCGCGCGUCCCGGGCACGUUCCAGGGCGCGCAGGGCAUGAAGCCGGAGGCGCGGGAGGCGCGGCCGCCCCCGCGCUCGCCGGGGCUGCGCUGGGCGCUGCCGCCGCCGCCGCUGCUGCUGCUUCUCCUGGCCCAGAUUGUGUGUGCAGGUGAUGUUUCUGACUUUCGAGUGACGAAUGUCAGCACCAGGGAAAUCGGCUUAGCCUGGAGCAGCAAUGACUCAGAGUCCUUUAGGAUUCUUACUAAAGGGGCUGGAAAACUUGGGAAUGACACAACCACCAACCAAAGUAUCACCAUUGGUGGCUUACGCCCUGGAAUCAGUUAUCAUUUUGAAAUAUUUCCUCAAGGACCAAAUGGGACUGAAGGGACACCCCAGACAGUUGAUGGUAGAACUGACCCUAGUGCCGUGUUUGGCAUCCGCGUGGUCCAUGUCACCACCACCGAGAUGCGGCUGGAGUGGCAGAAUACAGAUGGUGCUUCCGCGUACGUCUACCACUUGGUUGUACAGUCUGAGAGCGGCUCCCGCGAGGUGAACAGCUCUGAGGAAGCAGCCACCCUGCAGGGCCUCAUCCCGGGCACCUUAUACAACAUCACCAUCUCUCCAGAAGCCAGCCAGGUCCGGGGACAGCUCAGCUCCAUUGUCCAGUACACACGGCCAAGCAGUGUGGCCAACAUUGUCAUAAACACCAGCACCACAGUGGCAACCUUAAGUUGGCAGAACCCUGAUGCAGCCUCGCCCACGUACUCCUACCGCCUUCUUAUUGAGAAGGCUGAAAAUUCCAGCAACGCAACUCAGGUGGUCAGGACGGAUGUCGGGGUCACUAACACCACAGUCAUGGAGUUGAUACCUGGCUCACCUUACAGAGUGGAGAUCUUUACACAAGUGGGGAAUGUCACUGAGUCUCUGACGCCCAGCUGGGAGUCUUUCUGUACAGAGCCUGCACCGGUGACCUCCUUCCACUGUGAGAUGGUCUUCAAAGAGCCAGCCUUGGUUCUGAAAUGGGCCUGCCCUCCUGGCACCAAUGAAGGCUUCGAGCUAGGGAUCAGCAGUGGAGCCUGGGACAAUGUGACACUGCUGGAGAGCUGCUCCCCCGAGAACGGCACUGAGUACAGGACGGAAGUCACGUAUUUGAAUUUUUCUACCUCGUACAACUUCAGCAUCACCACGCUGUCCUGUGAGAAGAUGGCUGUCCCCACCCAGAACACCUGCGUCACCGGCAUCACAGACCCCCCUCCUCCAGAUGGAUCCCCUAAUAUUACAUCUGUCAGUCAUAAUUCAGUAAAGGUCAAGUUCAGUGGGUUUGAAGCCAGCCACGGACCCAUCAAAGCCUACGCUGUCAUUCUCACCACUGGGGAAGCUGGUCACCCUUCUGCAGAUGUUUUGAAGUAUACGUAUGAGGAUUUUAAAAAGGGGGCCUCGGACACUUACGUGACAUACCUCAUAAACACUGAAGAAAAGGGGCGCUCUCAGGGCUUGUCUGAAGUCUUGAAAUACGAAAUCGACGUUGGGAAUGAGUCGACCACCCUCGGCUAUUACAACGGGAAGCUGGAGCCUCUGGGCUCCUACCGGGCUUGUGUUGCUGGCUUCACCAAUAUUACCUUUAACCUUCAAAACGAGGGACUCAUCAAUGGAGCUGAGAGCUAUGUGACCUUCAGUCGUUAUUCAGAGGCCGUUUUCUUGCCCCAGGAUCCAGGUGUCAUCUUUGGAGCUGUGUUUGGAUGUAUCUUUGGUGCCCUGGUCAUCGUGGCUGUGGGAGGCUUCAUCUUCUGGAGGAAGAAAAGGAAAGAUGCAAAGAACAAUGAAGUGUCCUUUUCUCAAAUUAAACCUAAAAAAUCCAAGUUAAUCAGAGUGGAGAAUUUUGAGACUUACUUUAAGAAACAGCAAGCCGACUCGAACUGUGGGUUCGCAGAGGAAUAUGAGGAUCUGAAGCUUGUUGGAAUUAGUCUACCCAAAUACGCAGCUGAGCUGGCUGAGAACAGAGGAAAGAAUCGCUACAAUAACGUUCUGCCCUAUGAUAUUUCUCGUGUCAAACUUUCGGUCCAGACCCAUUCCACUGAUGACUAUGUUAAUGCCAACUACAUGCCGGGCUAUCAUUCCAAGAAAGAUUUUAUUGCCACACAAGGACCUUUACCCAACACUUUGAAGGAUUUUUGGCGUAUGGUUUGGGAGAAAAAUGUCUAUGCCAUUGUUAUGUUGACCAAAUGUGUUGAACAGGGAAGGACCAAAUGUGAGGAGUACUGGCCUUCCAAGCAGGCUCAGGACUAUGGGGAUAUCACUGUGGCAAUGACAUCCGAAGUUGUUCUUCCGGAAUGGACCAUCAGAGAUUUCACAGUGAAAAAUAUCCAGACCAGCGAGAGUCACCCGCUGCGUCAGUUCCAUUUCACCUCCUGGCCGGACCAUGGCGUACCCGACACCACCGACCUGCUCAUCAACUUCCGAUACCUUGUUCGUGACUACAUGAAGCAGAGUCCUCCCGAGUCACCCAUUCUGGUGCACUGCAGUGCUGGGGUUGGAAGGACGGGCACUUUCAUUGCCAUCGACCGUCUUAUCUAUCAGAUAGAGAACGAGAGCACGGUGGACGUGUACGGCGUUGUGUACGACCUUCGGAUGCACAGGCCUCUCAUGGUGCAGACAGAGGACCAGUAUGUUUUCCUCAAUCAGUGUGUUUUGGAUAUUAUCAGAUCCCAGAAAGACUCCAAAGUCGAUCUCAUCUACCAGAAUACAACUGCAAUGACAAUCUAUGAAAACCUUGAGCCAGUGAGCAUGUUUGGGAAGACCAAUGGUUACAUCGCCUAAUUCCAAAGCAAAUCCUUUCUGAAGCUAACCAGACUGUCACACCCACAGCAAAGGAAAACGCCCCGAUGUUGACAUGUCUUCAUGCGUCUCUUAUCUCAAUUCUGUGUUCUGUUCUGUUAGAACUACUUUGGAGGGUGUGAAGCUGCACAUGUCAAACAUGACAGAGGAGAAGCUGGGGCUUUCAGGGCUGUGGAUGGGUGGAGCAAAUCACCUGCAUUCCUGUUACCAAUGGGAUGAAUUCACUCCCCCCCCCCCUUGGAGAAUUGUGGAAAGCCAGGAAAAGUGAGCUAUGACUUUUUUUUUUUUUUUCUUUUUCAAAACAGGUUCCUUUUUUUUUUUUUUUAAGAGACUAUUUUAUAUGAUUCACAUGCUAAAGCCAGGAUUGUGUUGGGUUGAAUAUAUUUUAAGUAUCAGAGGUCUAUUUUUACCUACUGUAUCUUGGAAUCUAGCUGAUGGAAAAUACAUAAUUGUGGGUGAUUCUUGUGUAGGGAGGGGGAUGCGGUGCCUCUUCCGCAUAAGUUUUCUAUUUGAACAUGUGCCUUUUCUGAAUUAUGCUUCCACAGGCAAAACUCAGUAGAUGUCUCUAUUUUUGUAUCGAAUCUCAUAAUUGGAAUACGUGGAAUAUUUAAACAAUAGUUUAGCAUCGGAGGUUCGCCUUCUCACUAACAUUCCUGCUCUCAUUGACUUGAGGAGGCCUCUCUCUUUGCUCCCUCCCUCCCCACGUACAUCUGUGCUCCAUUUCUUUCUUCCUUUUUUUUCCCUUCCAGUUUUCUCCAAAGACUUCUUUCUGUUGGCAACAUUUUCAGCCCAUUGGUUGGGUGAGAAUGGAAACUAAAAUAUCACAGUGAGAAUUUCUGCGGGUGGGGAUGGGAGAAGCAGAGGAAUCCUAUGGUGACAUAAAUCCUUUUCUUGUCCCUGUCUCAACCCUUUUCUCAUUUCUGUCUUUGGUAAGAAGGAUUAUUUAAAGGUGCAAUAUGUGACUUAGUGAUUCAUGAUGCUCUGGGUUUUUAGUAAUGUUUUACUCAGGUUGGCAUGUAAUGUGUGUCUGUGUGUCUGUGUAUAUGUGUGCGUGUGUGUUUUUAAAAGUGUGGCAAUCUGUGAACACUUCAGUGUGAAUUCAGUAUCAGAUUAACUCCUCUCCCCCCAAAUCCACUGGCUUUAGUCUCUAUCUGCAGUGACACAUAUCGGUAUCUACUGUAUAUAUAAAUACUAAACUCUUACAACAGUCAUUCCUAUGAUUUGAGGUGUACAGAGUCUGAUUUGUAUCAAAGAUGUAAUUAUUAUUUUUAAAACCUCUUUUCACUAUACUGCUGCUGUAAUUACUUUGAUUUUUUUAAAUGUAGAUUUAAUUUUUUUUUUUUUUUGCUUCAGGUGUGUAUUCACCAAGGAUUUCAGAAUUUAUGUGGAUUUAUUUUAUUGGUACAUAAUCUGUAAACUUCUCAAGGCAUUAACAUGAAAGGAUUUGUUUCUUUUACAUUGUGGCUCAGGUUAUAUUUUGAAGAAGUUUCGAGUUUGUUUUCUAAUAGGCAAUGAAGUAUACAAGGUCUUAUGAAGGAAUCACCGAGUCCCUGGAGUCCUGUGGCUGCUUCCCACAGUAACACAUCCUGCUGCACACUCAGGACUGUGUCCUGUUGUGAAUGGGAGCGGGGCCGUCUCUGCCUCCCUGGUCACUGUGGGCCCGAGGGAGCCCGCCUCCUGAUGCUGCCAUGUUCCUCACCUAACCGGCACUUUGAGAACUGACUGGACAUGUUAGUGGGUAUUUUGGGGUUAUAGAGGAUGACCCUCAAUGUACUGAAAGCCCUCGAUGUGGUUCAGAGGUUUCAUGCUGUAUGUCUUUUGUCCCCCUUUCCCUUUGAGGUACUGAAAGGAUUCAAAGGAGAGGUCAUGGUGGUGUCAUGAUUUGGGGAGAAUUUUGCUUCUCAAAUGGAAAUUGCACUUUUUGCUGAAUCCUUGGCAUUCUUUGGUAGGAAGCAGUUCAUUCAGUGUCAGGCCCUCCAGGGCAGGGGGUGGACAGGCUAGGUUGGCCCCUCCUGGCUCCACGUCACAGAGGGCUGUGGCUCUGUAGGUGGGGACCAGGGAAGCCACACUGUCCUGGGUGUGGGGUGGAGCUGGGUUUGGGUGUGUUGCUCUGCCCCAACUCACGCAGGCCGCGGAGAGUCCCAGGCUCCGCUCAACUCCCUGUCCCAGCAGCCGCUCUCGGGCCACACUCCUCCAUUCGUGCCUGAGGUGUCAAGUCCCAUGCAGUUUCUGAGCCCUGCUGUGUCUGCACUACUGCCACGGAGAGAGAUCAGAGGAAAGGACUUGCCUCUAAAAAAGGUCCUUUAAAAUAUCAGAGUCCCCCAGAAGAUUAAGGCAACGCAAUUGUAAACAUCUCCUAUGAAAAUGCAAAGCACAGAAGCCCUCCUCCUCCCCACCCUGCUCGGCUCGGGCUUGGGAAAUAGCUGGGCAGCAGCCCCAGCAAGCCACUCUCCAACGUCCCUCCCAAUCCCUGGAGGAAGGCUUGUGGCAGAGCGGUCUGGAAUUCCAAAUGGGCAGGUCACACGAAGGUCAUGAUGCUGCUCUGCAGCCUGCAGAGGACUGGGGACGAGGUCACUGGGGGUGGCCAGGGUAUUUCUAGCACAGUCAUUGGAAAGGGAAGAUGAAUGUGUAAAUAGUGAUGACAGGCGGGGGGCGGGUGCUCCGAGCUUCUGCCCGAGGCCCUCCCAGGAAGAUGAACUGGAACUGGGAGAGUCCCGUGGAGCCGUGGGGGUGGUUCGAGCUCCCUGCUCAGGAUUUGCAGUUGCACAUAGAAAAGCAGCCAGUGUGGGAUUCACUGUCCAUGAAAGGGCUAAAGAUUGGGGCCAGCUGGUCUGGGGGAUUUGGGCCAUCACUGUCUUCUCCCAAGAGAAAAACUUUCCGCCUCCAAAGUUGAAUCUAGUGACGACUGGCACCCGUGGGAAGUGACAUUUGGUGUCUGUUCCCCGUGGCCACAUUGUGACCUCCAGCCAGACUUCGGCAUAAUUUCUUUCUUUCUUUUUUUUCUUCCCCAGCAUAAUUGACUCCACUGGAUUUGUACUUUGUAAAGUCAGAGGCUCUGGGGGGUGGGGGUGGGGUGGGGUCAACUAUGCAGCUGAUUCAUAUUUGUGUUUCAUUGGGGAUGAAAAAGCCUGGUUUUUAUUUUAUUAUUUGAAAUGCUUGAUUGCGCUUGUUGAGCUAAACAAAGUCUUGGUGACUGAUGUUGAUUUGCCUCAAAAGUCCAAGUUCCUGAGUUUUCCGACUACUGUGUAGCAGCUGUGUGUUUAACAUACUGUAGCUUUUUCUCCCUUGGGGGCACAUAUGAAUAGGACAUGUUGAUGUGGACUCUAAACUGUAAUUUUCUUGUAACUAUUUUGGAAUGAUGCAUAUUUCUAAUGUUUGUUAUACUUGUACAGAGUAUUGCUGUUGGUUGCUUUUUUUUUUUAAAGGAAAAAAAAAUGGCCUGAAAAAAUUUUUUAAAGAC